AUGGAUCCCAGAUCUCACCCUUCCCGUCCUCCAUCCACCAGUCUGCCUCCAGGCUCCACGCCCAUGUCUUCAACUCCAAUCUCGAGCAUGCACAUGCCACAAUACUCGAUGCAGCCGCAGUAUCCGGUUUCACAGCCGCAUACUCUGCCUCCGUUGCAGCCUCAUCACCCUCAGUCGCCCGCGCCUCACCACUACAUGGGCCAGCCGUACCGUCCGGAUUUGUCGCGGUACCCUCCGUCAACUCACGAUGUCUACGGGGCUUCCCAGGCCCCUAUGAUGCCGCACACGACUGUCGGUAGCCUUCCGCCAUCGUCUCUGCGCAUCAGCAGUACCCCCCCACCUCCGAGUGUCCUUCCGCCCGCAUCCUCCGCUCAGAGCUACCCCCAGCCGAUUGCUCCGGCACCCCCGCGCGACCGUCGUCCGGAUUUCAAUGGUCUUCCUUCCGGUGCCUUUAGUUACUCCGAUGGCAAGGGUUGGGGUAUGACUCCUGAUGUGAAUGGCGCGAACGGCUCCCCUUACGCCAAGGAACCACCACGGACGCAGGUUGUCGGCUCUCAGGGCCGCCGUGGCAUUUUGCCCAGUGUCCCAGGCCGCGCGACUCCGGUUUCUAACGGUGUCAAUGGUACAGCUAAGAGCACCACUAUCCCUGCUAAGGACGCGGACGGCAAAUUCCCCUGCCCGCACUGUAACAAGACUUACCUCCACGCCAAGCACCUCAAGCGCCAUCUGUUGAGACACACUGGUGAUCGCCCCUACAUGUGUGUUCUUUGCAAGGACACUUUCUCCCGCAGUGAUAUCUUGAAGCGUCACUUCCAAAAGUGCUCAAUCCGCCGGGGUAAUCCGACCGGUGCGACUCACUUGUCCCACCCCCAGGCCCAUCUGAAGCGGUCUCAACAGCAAGCAGCUGCGGCUGCCGCGGCCAAUUCCCCCAAGCCGCUUCAGGAUGAAGUCAGCCGUCCUGGCUACACGGAGCAGCAGCCGCUAGGCUUCACGAUGCAGUCUGUCAACGGCAUGAACCGUGGUCCCGGUGACGACGCGUUCUCCGCUGGCCAGGCGCACGCGAGAGCCUCGUGGAUGGCUGGACCCAAGCAGAAUCCGUAUCUCAUGCAGCCUGGUGUCGAUGCCCAUGGCCAGCAGCUGACGGUUGAUCGUCCCCUUGAACAGGAGCCGAUCCACGCCCCCGUCGACCACGACCGCAAGUUCUACCCCGCCUCGACCGGUCCCGAGAGCGGUAUGAACGGACUGUACCUUGCUUCGACUACGCUGAGCGGAGACGGUACCGUGCAGCCCGCGAGACAGUAGACGGUGAAUUCGAUCGGAAAGCAAGAUGACGACUAUGAGGCAUGAGAUUGAAAAAGCGUUUCGACGAAACA